UGUGUGAAGGACGUAGGAGAGGAGGAGUGAGUGGUGAAGCCCACUUUGGGAUUAACUCUUCAUAAAGCGCGUGAGUGCGAGCGUGCGGCUGCUGCAGCAACAGUUUCCCUGCACUCACUUUCCUCCACACAAAGUUUAAAUGGCUAGGUGCAAGCCGUGGCUGGUGUGCUGUUCUACUUUUGUGUGCUUGGUUUGCACAGCAGCUCUCGUAUGUUUCUUCAUCUUCUCGUUUUUGGACAGAGGAUGUCCAAACGGCAGCUUCAAGCACGCGGCUGUGGCUGCAGACUCCCUGCGGUGCUCACAGAUUGGCAGGAAGAUGCUGCAGGAGGGGGGGUCAGCAGUAGAUGGCGCCAUUGCAGCUCUUCUGUGCACAUCUGUGAUCAAUCCUCAGAGUAUGGGGAUUGGAGGAGGGUCUGUAUUCACUAUCAGAGAGAAAACAGGCAAAGUUAAAGUCUUCAACUUCAGAGAAACUGUCCCAAAGGCUUUCAAAUCUAACUUGUUAAACGACUGUCCCACCACUUCCAAAAUGACCACAGGCACACAGUGGAUCGGUGUUCCUGGAGAGCUGCGAGGCUACGAGGAUGUACACAGACGAUAUGGGAAGCUGCCGUGGGCUAAGCUGUUUGAGCCCACAAUUAAACUGGCCAGAGAGGGCAUCCCUCUGCCUCCAUAUCUGGGACUUCUCCUAAACAUUCCUCUUGCAAAAAAACAUGUAGAAAAAUCCUCUCUCUGUGAAGUUUUAUGCAACAAGAAUAAAACCGUUCUGGGUAAAGGAGACAUGCUGAAGUUUCCCAAACUGGCAGAAAGCAUGGAAAUGAUCGCAGCACAAGGAGCCAAGGCCUUUUACACUGGCAAGAUAGGACAUGACUUAAUCCAAGACAUAAAAGAUGCAGGUGGGACCAUGGAGGUGGAGGAUCUGGAGUCCUUCAGGGUGCGGGUAGCGGAUGCAUGGACUGUUCCUCUGGGAGAUGCGAAGCUGCACAUUGCUCCACCACCUGCUGGAGGCGCUCUGCUGGCCUUCAUUCUCAAACUUCUGGAAGGAUUUUCUUUGACUCCAGAUUCCUUUCACGGGGACCAGAAGAUUCAGACAUACCAUCUCUUCAUAGAGGCAGCUAAAUUUGCAAAUGGACAAAAGAGAAACAUCCAUGAUCCUGAUUUUAAUGACAGAAAGAGUGCUGAUCAUUUGAUCGAUCCCACUUUCAUCGAUCACAUCAGAAAGAUGAUUUCCUCAAACCGCACCCAUGAGAACUCCUACUAUAAUGUGAAACCCUCCACUGAUCACUUUGGGACGACUCACGUGUCAGUGCUGGAUGAAGAUGGACUGGCGGUGUCUGCCACCAGCACUAUUAACCAUCUGUUUGGAGGUGCCGUCUACUCUCCACGGACAGGCAUUAUACUCAACAAUGAGCUGUCAGACUUUUGUAAGAGAGCAGACACACUGACAGCAGGUGAACAGCCUCCUUCUUCAAUGACUCCGGUCAUACUGGAGUCAAAGUCUGGAGGUCUUCUUGUGAUUGGUGGAUCUGGUGGAAGUAUGAUCACUGUAGCAGUAGCCUUGGUAACUCAGUUGGUCCUGUUUAUAACCUCUUUUAAAGAUUCAUUAUUUGUUUUCUUACACUGUUUUCUUUUAUUCUCACAGUCGAUAAUGAAUCACCUGUGGCUGGGGAUGAAUCUCACAGAGGCCAUUGCUGCACCUAUAGUGUACAUUGAUCCCAACAAUAAUUUAAAUUUUGAGAGAUUUAUGAAUCAUGAGAAGUUUGACCAAUCCGUGAAGGAUGGCCUCUUAGCUCUCGGACACAAGCAGGGGGACUCGGAGUACUUCGUCAACGUGGUUAAUGCAGUGGAAAAGGAGAAUGGAUGCAUUGUGGCCGUAUCUGACAGCAGGAAGCUGGGCAUGUCUGACGGUUACUGACCAAACGUUGGUUAAGAAUAUCCACUUAUGCACUUAAAUCCACCCAAAAAACUGACUGAAUCUUUAGCCUUAAGAAUGAACAAUACAAGUGCCGAAAUCUGACAACAAAGUGUUAGAAAUGCGGUGCUCUGUUAAAACUGUCCUUAAGGUUACCUGCGUCUUUUCCCACUAUCCCCAAUAGGCAAGUGAGAAAUCUCUGUCUCCUUCUGUUGCUUGAAAGUGGAGCUAAAAUAUCCCCCUUACAAGCACUGACAUACAGAUGAGGACAAAAUAUAAGCCCCUUAUGAAUAUUUUUUCAAAGUAUUUCCCAAGUGCUGUGAAACAGAGCAAGGACUUCUUAACACGGCUUUUCCAAACAUCCUAGUUUUAUUUUGGAUGCUUACAUUAUUUUACUUUGCACACAGAAACAAAUAAUUUCGCAAAAAUCAAAAACCACUAUGGUCUAAAUUAUUACCCCCCUCAGCUAAUAGUCAGUUGUGUCUCCUUAUUGCUGGAUAACAACCUGCAGUCGUUUGUUGUAGUUUUCAACAAGUCUCAGACGUUCUCCUGAGGAAUCUCAGCCCAUUCUUCUUUGGCAAAUCUCUCAAUCUCCUCCAGAUUUGAUGGCCUUCUGGCAUGGACCGUGGUCUUCAGUUCACCCCACAGAUUUCCAGUGGGAUUCAAGUCAGGGCUUUGUGCAGGCCAUUCAGUAACCUUCAUUUUGGUCUUCUGGUGAUCGUUCUUCACCAGGAGAGAUGUAUGUUUUGGGUUGUUGUCGUGUUGGAAGACAAAGAGACAACCCAGACCGAGUUUUGAUACUGACUGCUUUUCUUUCAAAAUCUUCAUAUCUUCUUCCUUCAUGAUUCCAUCCACCUCCUACCGCCAUGUUUCACUAUGAAGACAGUGUUCUUUGGGUGAUACAUCUCUCUCUUGUUUCUCCAAACAUAAGCAACGUCUCCGUGACCAAAGAGCUCUAGUUUCAUCUCAUAUGACCAAAGGACAUGCUUCCAGUAUGCAUAAUCAUUCUCCAGUCCUCAGCAUACUUCAGUCUGGUUUUAAGGUGUCUCUUCUGCAGAAGUGGAGUUUUUCUAGGUCCAUUCCUGUGCAGGGCUCUAGUGAUCAUCUUCUUUGAGACUUCCAUUCCUGACUGGUCUAACUCAUUCAUGAGUGUCUUUGUAGUUGUUCUGGGGUCUUUAGACACAUCGCUCACUAGUUUUCUUCCAGUCUUUCAAAUCUUUCUCUUCCUACCUGUGCCAGGCUUGUUCUGGACUGUGUGGCUCCCUUGGAAUUUCUCAAUGAUCCUUCCCACUCCAUUUCCUGACUCUUGGAAACACUGUGAUAACUUUGUAGAUCCUUCUCCUGCUUUGUGAGCGUCAACAUUUCUAUUCUCAAGUCUAAGCUGAUUUCUGUUGGUUUUGCUUCGACACUUUGUCCAGUGAAGUUUUUAUAUUAUGUGUAAAUUGGAAGGUAACCCUCAGUUUCAUUUUGGUUUUACAAGCUUUGAGCAUUACAGAGUUAAAUUACAUCAUUGCACAACAGUAGUUUGUGCUAUGGCUAAACAAAAAGGUCAGUUCUAGAGGGGGCUAGUAAUUUAGACCCUGGUGGUAAACAUCCAAAAUAAAGGAUUUUUGGAAAAGCUGUGUCAGAAAUCCUUAAUAUGUUUAACAGCACUUGGGAAUAAGUUUGUUCACAUCUGUGUUGUGCUGAUGACAUAAUUUUGAGCCAAAGAAAGGAGCUGGCUGGAAAAUACACAUAAUUAAUUACAAAUUAAAAAGCCAAAUUAUUCUGAUCAUGAUUGAUUUAUAAGAUAAGAAAAAGGGUCAAGAAAAAAAAAAACAUCCAAGAGGGUAAAUAUUUAUAUAGGCACUGGAAGUACUUGUACUUGGUCUAAAAAAAAAGUGGUCUUAACUUUAUAGUUUGUCCCUUUAAAACUCUAAAGGUGGGGAGUCGGCAGGGGAAAUCCAAAUCUUUUGGCUUCAAUUCCCUGUUGUUCCAUUCCUACAUGAAAAUGGGGGAGAAAAUAUUAUUUUAUUUUUAUUAUUCUUUAAAACUGGGGUUAUUUGUAACAAUCAACUGCAAUGUAUGUUUAAGUUUGAGCAGCCAAGGGGACUUUAGGAAAUGAUCUUAUUUUAGUCCUUUCAGGUUUCUUGCCCCGUGAAUGUGAUUAUAGUGAACAAUAGUCGUCUGCUAAGCUAUGUUAGCCACUUCAUAUCUACAUAUUAUACAUCCAGCUACUUCAUACAUGCACACAUGUGAUCUUAUAACUUGUGAAUCAUGAAGACGCACAGCAAACGCACAAUGAGACUUCUGCAGUUACUUUACUGCUGAUAACUAUUACUAUAUACUGGGGAGUUUAGGGUUUUCACUGCAAUACCAGGAUUUCAACAUUUAAUACAAUUCUAUAAAAAUUAGACAUGACUUGAAUGAGAUGUGUUUUUAUAAAGUGUAUAUUUUUACUGAUACUAUCAAUCAUCAACAUAAUGCAGAUUGUAUGGUUUAAUAAUCUUUGGCACUGAAAAAUAUCAAAGCAUCUAACAUUUGGACAGUGUUUGUGGAGUUGGCCAAGUGUUUUUGCAGGAUGAGACAACAAAGCAAAUCUACUGCUGUUCAACCAGACAGAACUAACCCCGUCUAGGUGCCUGACACUAGUGAAUGUUUUAUUUUUUAUGAAUGUGAUUCUAUAGAAGAAGGUUUAGCAGAUAUUGAGCCGUAUGCUAGUAACCUUGUCAAAGUGGCAUCCUGUUUGACACAUGAGCUCAGACAGGGAACUUUCACUGUGACCUUAAAAAUGUUAGUUUGUUCAGAAAAACUUGAUGCAGGUCCCUGAGCCUGUUGUGAUCUUUGUUCAAAUAUUAAAGCUCCUGUGGGGAGCGCUGAGCUGGUUAUGAAAGAGAGACUUUAAGAUUGAUGCUUCUUAAUGAGCUACAAAAGCCAACCAGACCAUCAGUGACAAGUCCAGCUUUUUCCUGUUUUGUAAUUUUAAUGCCUUUAAUUGCUGCCAUGGAGUAGGUUUCAGAUGAGCAGGUUAGAAAACACAAACUUUACAUUUUCCACAGCAAAAUUCACAGUGAUAGGUUAUUUAAGUGUGUGUUCAAAACACUGCCUACUACAAAUGUAUUAAACAAGAGCAGUAAAAAAGAAAUGAAAUAUGCUGCUUUAACCACAAGGGGCGCUAAAGCUGUUAAAUCAAGAAGUUCCCCACAGGAGCUUUAACCUCCUGAGACCCUGCAUGUAUAUAUGAGCAUAUUACUGUUUGGCGGGGCGUGCAGGUGGCCUGGCAGUCUGGGACGCUGCCUUUGUGCUCAGGUGGCCCAGGUUUUGGUCCAGCCUGUAGCCCUUUGCUGCAUGUCUCUCCCCACUCCCUCUCCUGUUUCCAGCUCUAUCCACUGUCCUCCUCUAUAAAAUAAAGGCAUGAAAAGCCCAAAAGUAAAUCUUUAAAAAUUAUAUAUAUAUAUAUAUAUAUAUAUAUGUGUGUGUGUGUGUGUGUGUAAUUUGCUUGAAAUAUAGGGGGAAUUGCUUGAAAAUUUUAGGAUUCUUACUGGAAAUUUUAUUCAAUUUCUUUAUACAUUUUAGGGGAUUUGCUGGGAGGUUUUCAACCCUGGUGGUUCUUUUUUCUCUUUCUCAUGGCUAUUUGGGACAUUCUUUGGAAAUUUCGGGGGCUUUUUUUUUUUUUUUUAAGGCAAUUUCAUGAUAAUUUGGGAUAUUUUGGAAAGUUUCUUCGGAAGUUUUGAGGGAAAUAUACCUUGAAUCUUUUUUUGACCUUCUCAUGGGAUUUUUGGACAUUUUGGGGGAUGUUGGGGGGACUUUUUUUUGAAAAUUCCUUUGGAUGUUUUGGGGGAUUUUUGGGAAAUUUUCUGGCAUUUUCAUGACAGUUUGGGAUAAUUUGGAGAGUUUUAAUUGUAAGUUUUUAGGAAUACGUACCUUGAAUUUUUAUUAUUAUUUUUUUUGUCUUCUCAUGGGAAUUUGGGAAAUUUUGGGGAAUUUCAGAUUUUUUGUGAUAAUUAGACAUUUUCAUGAUAAUUUGGGAGCUGUAUUUUGAAUUUUUGGGAACUUGAUUUGAAUUUUUUGGUUUUUAAAUGGAAAUUUGGGAAACUUCGGGGAAUUUGGUUGGGAAUCUCAGGGAGGAAAGUUUUCAUGGUAAUUUGGGAUAUUUUGGAGAGUUUCAUCAGAAGUUUUGAGGGAAAUUUACCUUUAUUUUAUGUUAUUUUAUUGCCUUCUCAUGGGAAUUUGGGAAAUGUUUUUAGAUGUCUGGGAUCUUGGAUGUUAGUGAAUUUUUUUUAACCUUCUGAACUUUGGUCUGGCGGUUUAUAACACAUUGGCCUGUCAUACAACUAACCUAAAAUACAAUUUUUUAAAAUCACUUAACAGGGACUUUAAAAAAUGAGGUACAAUUUUUGGGAUACCUUUAAAAACUUUUAUAUGAAAUGUAGUUGAUAUGAAACUUUCAGGGAAUUUGAAAGUAUUUUGGAGAGAAACAUUCCCAAUUAAUACAGAACUUGUUGUAAAAAAAAAUUUCAAUUAGCCAUAACAGUCUUUAUGGUCCAUCAUCAUUUGACCUCACCAUCCCUCAUUUCUUACUGACAGAAGACCCAAAAACUAUUAAAAAAAAAAAAACAACAAAGCCUAUCCAGUGCUGGAUUUUCUGCAGAAAC